GCGAAGGGGCACAGGGUCGUCUCUUCGGUGGGGGGCGACGGGGUUGUGGGUCUUUGGGUGCCGUGCCGUUUGCUGCGGGUGAAGUAAGGCGGGGUGUGGGGGGCCCCGCAGUCUGGUCCUGGGGUCACGCUCUUCUCCUCCUCUACCGCUGCCGCCUUCUUCUUCUUCACCCAGUAGAAGACCAGCAUCAUGUGCCGCUUCUUCCUCCUCCGGCUGGUGGUCUCUUCGAAUGACAUUGCGGACCCCCGAGUCGAAAUCAUGGGAUCCCUUCCCCAAAGGACGAGGAAAAAAGGCCUCCGAUGGGACCAGGAGCUGUCCUUACAAUGGCAGCCCUUGGGUUUCAUCACUCAGGAUGUCACAAUAGGCCCCUGAUUACACUAUGUAACACACGUUUUGUUCCUGGUUUAUAAAUGUCAUUUCCUAAUUGGAUCUAUCAUAACAGCAUGGGGAACGUUUAUUAAAGUGCCAAAACUUUGUUUUUGUGGGACAUCCUCCAACACAUUUGGCUCUGGUUUUUCAAUGAAUAUGUUAUCAAGUCUCAACCAAUUCAACCUAGUGUGUGGCAGCCACAAAAGCGAAGUUUCUGGAGUAGGACAACUACUUUCAAAAUCUGCAUGUUUUCAGUGUCUUGGUCGGACCACAAUGUCAUCCUUAUCUAUAGGACAUUUGAAGAAUUUCGGAAACUCCAUGAAACUCUGAAAAGAAAAUUCCCCAUCGAAAGAGGGUUAUUGAGGAACUCGGACCGGACCAUCCCCAAGUUUCCAGGCAUCCAUGGGAUCCUAUGGAAGAACCAGAAAGGGAGCCGAUAUCUAAAGAAUUUGCAACAGAUGGAGGUUUAUUGCCAACAAAUGCUGAAAACCAAGCCCCAGAUCUCUCGAGGGGAAGACGUGGUCCAUUUCUUUGAAGCCCGGAGCCAAGACCUGGACCCCGACUUCCCCCAAAACAGCAGCAUCACUUUUCCUUCCGAAACGGGAGGCAAAAAAGGAGGUCCCCAUGCUCUCAGCAUCACCGAACCCAUAGUCUGCCCCACAUUCACUUGUGUCGCCCCCUUUGAAACUAUAGAUCUCAAGGACGGAGCCUUCAAAGCCCUGCGAGGAGAAGGCCUGGAGGUUCUCCUGAAGGACAGAACAGGCUGGUGGCUGGUAGAAAACAACUGCAAGCAAUUGGCCUGGUUUCCAGCCUCCUUCCUGGAGGAGACUGAAGACGAAUCCUCUACGGAGGAGGAAAGCAAAGGACUGCUGUAUUAUCUCACUGAAUCCUAUGAGGCCCAGGAGGAGGAUGAGCUCUCUGUGAAGUCAGGGGUCUUGGUGGAAGCGCUGGAGAAGCCAGACAGAGGCUGGUGGCUGGUCUGGUACAACGGAGAGCGUGGAUACGUCCCGUCGGCCUUCCUCCAGCCGUAUAGAAACCCACACUGCAAAUUCCUGGCAAUGGGAGAAAGCCAACGGGGAGAAGCCAAGGCCCUGAUAGGAAACCCCCAGUGUUUCUCUGGGAUGGAAAGCAGCCGCUCCGGCCUUGGCAAGGAAGCUCCAGACUCCAUGGAUACUCCGCGUGGCUCCCCUUUAAUGCCCCCACGCCCCUCCAUCCGCGAAAUGCUCCAGAGGUGUUCGACAGUCACCAAAAGAGCCUUGCAAGUGCCUCUGCCUUCUGCUUGCAACUGAAUGGCCUUCUAGAGCAAAAGGGAAAGCAAACCGGG